AUGGCGAUUCCCUCGGACCCGAAGCUCAAUGGCUUCGAUGUUAUUCAAACCAACUAUAAGUCCAUCGGCGACCAUGGUAUUAGGACUGAUAUCUUGAUUCCGCAAACCGAUUACGUUGGCGCAAGACCAUUAAUUGUCCGUGUUCAUGGCGGUGGCCUGAUGAUGGGCGACUCCCUAUACAUGGACUGGUGGCCACACUGGGUCUCCGACCUCGCCCUCCAAAAGAACGCCAUUAUUAUCAGUCCCAACUACCGCCUCCUACCAGAAGCAACCAGCGCCAAUAUCUACACCGACCUAGACGAUUUCUGGACAUGGCUGCGCUCCCCAGCUCUCACCACUCUCCUGUCCAACCACAAAACACCCACAAAGCUCGAUCUCGACCGUAUUUUCGUCACCGGUGAAUCCGCCGGCGGCCUGCUCAGUCUGUACCUGACCCUCGCACACGCCGAGGAAAUCCGCGCUGCCUCAUCAGCAUAUCCCUGCGUAGCUUUGGAUGCAGAUUCAUUCACCAAGACCCGGGCUAACCCACCAUUCGGAGUUAAUUUCCCUGAAUCGAUGGUUGAGGAGAACUUCAAGGCUGCGGUGCUGGGCACUUCCAAGUCAUCUAUUACUUCGCAGGAGAGUUUGACUUUCAUGCUUGGUGCUAUCCAGCAUGGAUAUGUCUCGAAGUAUUAUCAGCGUGGUGCUGAGGGUGUUACGCCGGAAGUGUUGUAUCCAAUGGCUCGAUUGGAGAGUCCUGGUUUUAAGAUCCCGAGGGGUGGAAUUGCGGUGCUUCAUGGGCGUCAGGAUAGUGUUGUGCCGUUGGAGGAAGUUGAGUUGUUCGUGAAGCGGGCUAAUGAGGUUCUUAAGGCCCGAUCAGGUGAGGAGGGGGGUGUUACUUUAACUGUGAGGGAUGGGGAGCAUGGGUUUGAUGGGCCGGUUCGGCUUGAGGAGGUGUGGCUUCAGGAUGCUUUGCGGGAGGCUAUUAGUGUUUGGUUGGAAUAA